AUGGAAUCCCUAAAAGAACAGCUGAAUCCGGAGGAAUACGAGAAAUUGGAAGGGAAGGAUCGACGACAGAAGUUACACUCAGUGACCAAGGUAUCAACCGUCAAGGAUCUGAUGCACUACAUACCGGUCAAGGACACCUUGGCUUUGAUCUUCAGUAAUGCUGAAGCAAGAGAGAUGAUACUGCAGGAAGAACGAUAUCACAAAUUUACCAACGAUUCUUUGAAAUACCUCACUGAAAGCGAUCUUAAGGACAUUGGAAUCGUUGAGAAAGGACCUCUGCUAUUGAUCCUGAGCAUAGUGCACAAACUCAAACAAGCGCAAGCAGACUCGGUUGAAGUUAUUGAAACAUGUUCACCCCAAGCCGGACCAUCUCGUGGAGCACCAGGAUUUGAAUCAGAACCUACAACCAUACGACAAUCCCUGGAUCGAAAUGCCAAAUUUAGAAGCAUUCUGUAUUCCAAGCUGGAUGCCGGAAUUGUACCCAUCCAUAAAGAACUGCUCUUCAUGGUACGCAUCCUUUGCGACAGCAUGGUGUCGAAACUACUAAAUGAGAAAAUUUAUCCUGCAACCGAAGAGAAGAAAUCGUUGGCCAAAAAAAUUAUUGAAACGUUUCCUGUACUGACAUCCACGAAGUUGACAGAAAGUUCACCAGAGUAUUCGUACUUUUUCUGGAGGAAUGCUGGCAAAGGACCGAAUCACGAGCAUUCAGGUUUGAUCCAUUCACAUCUACGCAAUGCUGCUUCAAAACAUUUGAGAUCGACAGACAGGAAAUUUACACAUAAGAAAAAAGCUGAGAAGGUUACAAGCGUUUCAACCGGAAUAAUAGAGCUUGCUGAAGAAUGUGCAAACAAGGAUGGGGUAUCCACCAAUUUUAAAGCUAUCAUGAGAGGCAUGGAAGAAACACACUCCCUAUACGUUAUGAUGUUGCAAAAUAGAAGGUCGUUUUCAAGCAUCCUACAAACAUUUCCACACUUCAGGUCAUUUCACGGAGUAUUGAUUCAAAAAACUUACGAGCGCAUCACACCCAACUACGACAAAAAUAGCAUCCUGGCUAAGACUUUUUCGAGAGGGUUAAUGGUUGAACAAGGCAUAUUUUCAGGAAUUCAGGAUGAUAAUCUUCGAGGAUGCCUUCGGAUUAUGCAAGCUCUGAGCCGACGAGGUUUGAAACAACAAGAAAGAAAGCAUGAUAAGGAUCUAACGAUCGAACACAAGAUUGCUUCAGAUUUGGUCCGUUUUGUACCGGAUACAGAAUCUUCCCUGGCUGAGCAACUUGCAAGAUACGUUGCUUGUAAUGUUGAGCAAGGUGCAUCUGUAGCACCACACAUCAUCUCUCAAGGCGAUGAGUAUUUCAUUUACAUUCUGGGAGAACUCAUACACUGCGGAGACAGCUCAGCACAAGUGCUUGAUGUUUUUUUUAAAUGCUUUUCAGUAUUCAAUGUGUCGGUUUCACCACAAUUACAAAAAAUUAAAGAUUUCGUUGACAUUGUUAGCUUCAAAACUAUGAAACAUAGCACAAGACAAUCGGUUAACCGAUUGACUGCUAUGUUUCUGGAAUCUUUUAAAGCUGACAAUGCAAACUGAAUUUUAU